AUGUUGACCAAGCACCCCAUGAGCAUCACGGGUGCUAUAGCCACACACAGGCGCUACAUCCUCCUCGCUCUCACGUCCUUUGUCCUGUUCUGGGUCAUCCUCUACUCAUACGGCGACAGAAUAGAUCUUGCCAGCAUCCACUACCCGGGCUCGCACCACUCCAAGGAGAACAACACCUUCAUCACCAUCGACGCCACCAAGGAAUCCGACGGCGCCCUCAUCCCCAACUACCUCCACCUAAUAUACGCCCUCAAGGACCCCAAGUCCAGCUUCAACUUCCACUUCAAGGACUAUCUGUCCCUCUAUGGCGCCCAGCACCAUUGGCACCCCGACCGGGUCUACCUCCACACCAAUGCAGACAAGGAGGCUCUCGACCGCGGCCGCGCUGGCGAGUCGGGCAAGUGGACGCAACUUAUUCUCAACCACCCCAAUCUGAUCAUCCACAACAUCGAGCUGCAGGAGACGGCUGGCAAUGGCUUGACCAUCCAGCGUAUGGAGGCCCAGACCGACUUCGUCCGCGCCAAGGUCCUGAACGACAUUGGCGGCUACUAUAUUGACUUCGAUGUUCACGCUCUCCGCGACAUCGCACCCCUCCGCCACUCCGGCUACAAGGCCGUCGUGGGCAUCGAGGCCGGCGGCGCCGUCAACCUGGGAGUCCUGCUCACAGCCCCGCGAUCCCAGAUGAUCAAGCAAUGGGUCGAGGGCAUGAACGCGGCCUUCGACGGCAGCUACGUCCAGCACGCCAACGGCGUCUGCUCCAAGAUCCGCGACCACCUCGAGGGCGUCGACAGCGAGCUCCUCGUCGUCAACCAGGGCUCCUUCCACCCCGUCGAGUGGAGCGACGGCGACAAGGGCAAGCGGGGCCUCUUCCGCAACUACGACCUCGACGACGGCACCUUCACCAACAACCUCACCAGCUUCAACGACGGCGACCCGCUCCCCGACUUCGCCGCCGAGCAGGACGUCGACCACACCAUGUGGAACGCUGCCGACUCCUACAAGGGGCCUGAAUGGGCCAAGGAGUGGCUGUGGACAAAGUCCUACACGCUCCACGCCUUCCGCCCACACACCGACGUCUUCGACUCGUUCGGCCUCGAGCACAUCUCCCCGCGCUACGUCCUCGAGCGCCGGAGCAACUACGCCCGCGCCGUCUACCCCAUGACCCUGGACAUGUACAGAAAGGGCAUCAUCAGUGUUCACGACACGUACACUGGCUUGCCCUAG